ACUCACUCUCACUCACAAGUUAGUCACCAAAAAAAAAAACCAAAAACAUUUCAAUGGCCGCCUCAACAAUGGCUCUCUCCUCCCCUGCCUUCGCCGGAAAGGCUGUGAACCUUUCCCCGGCUUCAUCAGAAGUCCUCGGAAGCGGCCGUGUGACGAUGAGGAAGACUGUUGCCAAGCCAAAGGGUCCAUCAGGCAGCCCAUGGUACGGCUCUGACCGAGUCAAGUACUUGGGUCCAUUCUCUGGCGAGCCACCAAGCUACCUCACCGGUGAGUUCCCAGGAGACUACGGAUGGGACACCGCCGGACUCUCUGCUGACCCCGAGACAUUCGCUAGGAACCGUGAGCUAGAAGUUAUCCACAGCAGGUGGGCCAUGCUCGGAGCCCUUGGCUGCGUCUUCCCUGAGCUUUUGGCCAGGAACGGAGUCAAGUUCGGAGAGGCCGUUUGGUUCAAGGCCGGUUCACAAAUCUUCAGCGAUGGAGGGCUUGACUACUUGGGAAACCCUAGCUUGGUCCACGCCCAGAGCAUUUUGGCGAUUUGGGCCACCCAAGUCAUCUUGAUGGGAGCUGUUGAAGGCUACAGAGUCGCAGGAGAUGGUCCAUUGGGAGAGGCCGAGGACUUGCUUUACCCCGGAGGCAGCUUCGACCCAUUGGGUUUGGCUACCGACCCAGAGGCCUUCGCUGAGUUAAAGGUAAAGGAGCUCAAGAACGGAAGAUUGGCUAUGUUCUCUAUGUUUGGAUUCUUCGUUCAAGCCAUCGUCACCGGUAAGGGACCUUUGGAGAACCUUGCUGACCAUUUGUCCGAUCCAGUCAACAACAACGCAUGGGCCUUCGCCACCAACUUUGUUCCCGGAAAGUGAGCAAAGUUUUAUCAGUUUGUAAUUUGCAUUUUAUUUUAGUAUUUUGAAUUCGAGUGAGAGACAGGAGGAGAAAGAGAGGGUUUGUGUUUGUGAUGGAUGGUUGGAGACUUUCAUAUGUAAAUUUGCAAAGACUUUGUAUGGUUUGUCAUUAAUCAAAUAACUCAUUUUUUCUCACA